AUGUAUAGAUCGAACAAAUUGUCCGCUAGACCCGGGGGUGCCGGCCGGAGGAGAUUCUCUCGGCCGCUCCAACGAUUUAUGCGCCUCGGAACGGUUGCCAAAAAAUUGUUCGCGACCGAGUUAGCAGCAGCAGCAGCAGCAGUAGCGGUCGUUUCGAAAAUCCGUUUGAAUCUGUCCGUGCGCGUGUCUGUCUGCGCGUGCGCAACAAUCGUACAACUGCAGCGUCCAUCCGAAACAAUGAUAACACGAUCUAGAGUACACGAUGUAGACAAAAUUCGACAGUUCGAUGAUAUUCGUCCGAAUAAUCGACCCACUCUCCCGCACACCCGCAGACACCCACAUAAUUGGGCCGUGACGACGCACUGCAGCAGACCCGAAGCGUGA